GAUUACUUCAGCUGUCUGGCCUCAAGACAGUUGUUAGCUGGGUCCCCAAGUAUUUUCUGAGUACACGGGGAAGCCAGUGUCUUUGGUCAAGAUCCGGUAGUCAAGUUUAAUGCUAAAAAUCCACAUUUGCUAGAAAAGGCAAAACCAGCCAAAACUAAAACUGAAAGAGCUUGACUAUCUCAUCACAGAGGUACAAUGGAACUUUUCACACCUGUGAGAGGCUGUACCAUUUGUGCUGCUCCUAGUGGUUGUGAGAGGGGAAACUGAGAACACUAAGCACCUGGUGAAUAAAGCAGGCAAACAACAUCCACACCUGGGCCGCCAUGACAGCUCCUGGCUGCCCUUCCUGGUUGGAGGUCUCUUCAAAACCUGGCCUCCCCUCAGCUUAGCUACGGUUACCUGGAUGAGGCUUCUGCCCCUGAGAAGUAUUAUGUGUCAUACACCUUCAAGUCAACAUUUAUGUUGCUGGAAGAAUUUGCUGGUCUUCAUUCUGAAAUUUCAAAUGUGGUACCAUACCCUGAUGAUGUGCUGAUUCUGGGCUUACAAAGAAACUCUACUGUACUAGUGGAGCACAGUGGAGCUGACUCUGAGACGGACUGCUCAGCUCUGCCACUUUCUGUUUUCUUCAUCUGUGAAAUCGGAAGCGGGAGGGGCUGAACUCCAAAGAACACUGGAGUCAAGUGUGCUGGGGAACCAGAUUCUUCCUGUGGUUCCUAGGAAGACAGAGCUCAGCCUCUGGCACCCUCUCUUUUAGUGUGGAUUUAGCUGGUCCUGCCCCUCAAGAAGCUGUUAGGACCCAAAAGUCAGAAAAGCAUCACAGGACAUCAGUUCUGUGGCUGUUCUAGCCAUUGAGGAUCAUCUCAAAGCCAAAUACAAAGGUUCACGAACAGAAUUUUGGACAGAAUAUUUGGUGCCAGAAACCAAGAACCGGUCUGCUGAAUUAUUGUCCCCGUCGUUAGGAUUGCUGUGAGUCUCUCAGGAGGUCUGUGGGUUCGCCCAGGUGCCAGCCCAGGGGAGGCACACCUGGAAGCCAUUUUCAAGAACUUUUGCCACAGGUGUAAAAGACUCCAGACCUGCAAAGAUGCUGAAACAGAUACUAUCGGAGAUGUACAUAGAUCCUGAUCUGCUGGCAGAGCUCAGCGAAGAACAGAAACAGAUCCUGUUCUUCAAGAUGAGGGAGGAACAGAUCCGCCGAUGGAAAGAAAGAGAAGCAGCAAUGGAAAAAAAGGAGUCCUUGCCAGUGAAAUCCAGACCAAAGAAAGAGAACGGCAAAUCUGUUCAUUGGAAACUGGGAGCCGAUAAGGAAGUCUGGGUCUGGGUGAUGGGCGAACACCAUCUAGAUAAACCCUACGAUGUUCUCUGUAAUGAAAUUAUUGCUGAGAGGGCCCAGCUGAAAGCAGAGCAGGAAGCAGAAGAGCUCAGAAAAACUGAGCCCAAAGAAUUUGCCAAUAACUUGAAAACAAAAUCACAGUACUAUGAUCUGCAAGCACCAGAUACCCGGGAGACUCAGAAUGUCUCUAAGAAAGCAGCGGAAGAGGAGGAUCUGGGGAAAGGCUCUAGACUGGUACCACCCCUUGAAGAAGAGAAAAUUCCAUCACUCUCCAGUUCCUCGAGAAAUAUUCAACAAAUGUUGGCAGAUUCUAUGAAUCGUAUGAAGGCAUAUGGAUUUCACCAGAAGAAAGAAUCCGUGAAAAAAACACAAGAUGAGGAACUAAAACAAAUAGCUGAGGAGAAAACCAAGCAGAUCUAUAAAAGCUGGAAAGAAGAUUCAGAUUGGCAGGCAUCUUUGAGAAAAUCCAAAGCAGCUGAUGAGAAGAGACGCUCUUUGGCUAAACAAGCGCGGGAAGACUACAAGAGGUUAUCGCUGGCGGCUGAAAAAGGAAGAAGCAGUGAGGGACCACAAAGCCCCCCAAGCAUCCCUCAGAAACCAAAAAGACCCCCCCUUCCACCCAAGCCUCAGUUCCUAACCCCAGCGGGAUACCCUCGAAAGCUUCUUAGAAAUCAGGGAGUGACGAGGAUGGCAUCCAGCUCUGCCCAGGAGGACAUCAUUCGGUGGUUUAAAGAGGAGCAGCUGCCGCUGCGAGCAGGCUACCAGAAAACCUCAGACACCAUAGCCCCCUGGUUCCAUGGAAUCCUUACAUUAAAGAGAGCAAAUGAACUUCUGAGCACAUGUGUGCCAGGCAGUUUUCUGAUCCGAGUCAGUGAGAGGAUCAAGGGCUAUGCCCUGUCCUAUCUGUCUGAGGAUGGCUGCAAACAUUUCCUCAUAGAUGCCUCGACGGACUCCUAUAGCUUCCUGGGUGUGGACCGGCUGCAGCACGCCACGCUGGCGGACCUGGUGGAAUAUCACAAGGAGGAACCCAUAACUUCCCUGGGGAGAGAGCUCCUUCGGUACCCCUGUGGUCAGCAGGACGAGCCGCCCGACUACCUGGAGCUCUUUGAGUGACAGCCUCCCUUGUGUCGCCCUGUAACCUCCAGCUGGGCUCUCCUCUGGACAGACAUCGCGGAAAUAGACAUUUGUGUGUGAAGCCAAAGUCACCCUGCGGCAGAGCCAAUGCUGAUCCACCGGAAGUAUCCUUGGAGCCCCACGGAAAUCUCUCUUCUGCACAAAUGCUGGAGUUUAAUGUGAAAACAAAAUUGCCUCUGCAGAACAUUCACUCCGAAAGUAAAGGGAUGAUUCCCAAUUUCAGUAACUACCUAACACCAAGGAUACAACCCUAAUGACCUAUAUAAAAUGAACAAAGAAGAGACUGAGACCUUUUAGGAAUGAAGGCAUUACUUCAAAAACCAAUAGCUCAUGUGAACUGUUUCAUGACUGAUACAUUCCCUCUUUGCGUUGUUUCGAAAUGUCCCAGGAUUGUGCUUAUUUUAAAGUUCCAUGUUGGUUUGGGGAGCUGGCAGAAGAGCCUUUACUGGUGGCUGAAAUGACCCCACAAACACACUUCAUUUAUUAGGCAUGUUGGAGCCAGGAUGGAAGAGACACAGAAGAACAAAAGCUGGGAAUGUAAAUUGACCGAGGAGUUUAAAAACGUAGGAGAGGCUUAACGUGUAAAGAAGUACCGUGGGCUGCAAGGGCGUGAGCAGACGUCUGCAAACGUUUGCCCCUGGACAGGAUGGCGCUUGCCCUGGCUACCUUGGCUGCAUCCAGGAGCACACCAAGCUGGAGGAAGCGUGAGGUGUUUAUCGGUGGGGAUGGACCAGAACAGAAUAGUGAGCUGUGUGAUUACUACUUGCUGUGGGUUGAACAGUGUCCCCAGAAAGAGAUGUUGAAGUCCCAAGCUCUGGUACCUGUGAACGUGACCUUAUUUGGGAAUAGGCUCUUGGCAGAUGUGACCAAGUUAAGAUGGUUCAUACUGGAUUCAGGUGGACCUUCGGCCCAAUGACUGGGGCCCUUCGCAGGAGAGGAGGGAUUUGGAGAGACAUGAAGAGGUGAGGCGGCCAUGGGACGACAGAGGUGGAGGCUGGAGACAUGCAGCCGCAGCCCGGGAGUGGCAGGUGGCGCUGGUGACCCCCAGCAGCUAGGACAGCAGUAUGGAACACCCUCCCCCCAGAGCCUUGGAAGGGAAUAUGGCUCUUCUGACACCUUGGUCUCAGACCUCUGGCCUCCAGAACUAAGAGAAUAAAUUUCUGUUGCCCUAAGCCCUCGAGUUUAUGGUAAUUUGUUAGAGCAGCCCUGGGAAAGGUAGCACAAAAGUUCAUGUAAUUGUGGAAUGUGACACACAUUAUGUACCAUUUGUGGCUCUACAGUCUUCCUUCCUGAUAAUGUAGGUAAACGGGGAGAUGAGACUAACCUCCCCAAGUGGGAUGCAGAUUUGCUCAGCCAGGAAUCCUCUGCCUCACUGCAUCCCCAUCCCCCAGCCUCCAGCCCAGUAAGGGCACCGGCCUCUGGGCAGCGACCAGGAUGCGUGGACACUCUGAGCCACGGGUUCUUCUCCUGGGGAGAUGGAGACUUCCUUGCACUUCAGGCCUACCCUGUGUCCGCGUUCCUCCAGAAGAGGCAGGGGUUGCAGCACUUAGUCCUUGAGAUGGUUGGUUGUGUAAAAUGUAGCGAGAGAGAGGGUGGGGUCCGUGUGUAUGUGUGAGAGUGUGUAUGGGUGCACAUGUGUGCUUUCCUGAGAAAGUUUUCAAACACAGAUCAUUAUAAAGUAUUACUUGAAUUGUUGCAUGUGUUUGUACAGUCUGAGGGACAACUGUCAGUGACACAUUUGUCCAAGAGAACCUGUGUUUGGGCUUUCAUUCCUGUGACUCAACAGCCAUGACCUUAUAGAAUUGCAAAGAUAGCACAGGAAAGGAAGUCACAAACUUCUAUUCUGUCCCCGUAUCUUCCCACCAUUAGCUCUCUGAACUUCAGUUUUCACUUCUAAUAAAAAAGUACAUUUUUUAAAAA